AUGGGAUCUGUUUCAAUUAAAAAAUAAUCUCAAUAUGAUGGGAACCUAAAAUAUCCGAUAAUUAAUAAAAUAAUGAAAUUUCAACCUAAUAAGUAAUACCCUUUAGCAAAACCUCAUUCUCAUUCAAAUAUGAUGGAAGAAACUUAUGAAAUGAAUUAUUUAGAAAUAAUUCUUAAUGUUAAAGAGAUUGCUAAAAAAAAAAGUUAAGAAUUAAAAGCCAUUUCCACUCUUCCACUCGAGGAUUAGCAAUAUCAGAAGACUUAAGAUUUAUAAAUUACUAAGGAACAAGAAUUAUAAGAGUUUCACUAGGAGAAAUAAUUAGAAGGUAAAUGUCUGAUAAUGAGAAGAAGUGUUACUUAAAAUUCAAAUCAUCCUGAAUAAUUUGAUGAAUACUCAGUUAUUUUGAAUAAAAAUUAGACUGUAUCUGAUACAUAAACAAUAAGAAGCAUACUUAAGACUAGUAAAUCAAGAUCUCAUAAAUCUGUACCAAAAGUAGUAUAAUCAAGUUAUUAAAAAAAAGUUUCAUUUGAACCUAGAUUAUUAAAGCAAAAAAAUCAAUAUUUUUUAAUGUGA